UUACAAUAAUUUAAUUUAUAAUUGUUUUAUCUGUUUCUCAAACACCACUUUUUUAGGACAGAGUUUUGGCACUCGUUUUAAGGCAUAAAUCAUUAUUAAAUUAAUUAACUAAUAAUUUAAACAACAAAACACAAUGUUAUCGACAAAACAACGGCAAACCACCGGUUGUGCAUCGACUUCGAGGUCUCUGCCAUCGACGGCCAAAAUGGUCACAGUUUUACCCCCAUCUCAAUCAUCACCGAAUUAUCACUACUUCCGGCACACAUUCAUCGCCCUAUUUAUAUCGGCACUCAUCUCAUGUCUGGCCACUAUUGUCGGGCCGUUCGCCGGCACCGCCUAUCGGGGCACUCAAAUCAUACCCCACCCGAUGGCCACCACUGGCGAUGGUUUGGCCGCAAAUGUGGUGACACCGGGCGGUGACCGGUCGUACGCCAUAGUGAUGGACGGCGGCAGCACCGGUACCCGAGUGCACAUCUUCUCGUUCACCACACAAAUCAACGGCAAAACGCGGCGCAUAUUUCUCGAGAGCGAAACGUUUCAGUCCAUCAAACCGGGCCUCUCCUCCUACGCCGACAGCCCCACCGACGCGGCCGUCAAUCUGCAACCACUGCUGGACCGGGCGUUGGCCGCCGUACCCGACCAUCACGAGCUCCACACCGGUCUCAUACUGAAGGCGACGGCCGGUCUGCGGCUGAUUCCCAAACUCUCGGCCGACACUAUACUGGAGUCCGUGCGCCAGAAGUUGGAGUCCACGCCCUUUAGAGUGGACGAUAACUCGGUGUCCAUUUUGGACGAUCGCGACGAAGGCCUGUACGCGUGGUAUACCGUCAACUUCUUGCUCUCCAAACUGCACGACAUUCACACGUCGAUCGUUACGCUGGAUCUCGGAGGCGGUUCCACACAAAUCACGUUCGCCACCAAUACUACCGAAACACUGGUGCGCUCACCGAACGGCUAUAUCGUCAAAGAGGACAUCGAGGGAGAGCCCGAAUACCUGUACACUCACUCAUACCUGGGUUUCGGUCUGAUGUCGGCCCGAAAGCGUAUUCUAUUGGCCAGCGGUCGGGUGCGGCCGUUGACCGACACACACAUACUGGUGAGCAGUCCGUGUUUUGCUACCACUCCUAACCGCACCGAGAAGUGGACCUUCGAGGGCGUGACGUACGAGAUAGCGGCCGACGAGGACAGUGUCCUUUCGGGCACCGCCUUUGACGACUGUUACGACUUGAGUCGCCAAUUGGUGGCCACCGCUGUCCAUAAGCCCGAAGAGUUGCGCGAUCGGGAAGUGUUUGGUUUGAGUUACUAUUACGACCGCAUGAAUGACGUAAGGCUUGUGAAGGACAAGACGGGACGCGUCAAAGUGCGCGACUACUACUCGACGGCCGAAAAUGUGUGCCAAUCGGUGGUGAAGCUGAGGAAACAGUCGCCGUUCCUGUGCCUCGACAUGACGUAUAUCACGGCUUUCCUUCGCGACGGUCUCGGCCUCGACUGGCAAAAGGAUAUUACG